CCACACCGGCAGGAAGGAGCCGCCCGGUAGCACACACAAAGGCAAGGCAAGGCAAGGCAACGCGACGAAGCUAGCGAAGCUAUCGCGGCUCGGCUUGGCUCGGCUCGGCUUCGCGGACCACCAUGGAGCGCAGCAGCCCGUCCGCGUCGCCCCGCAGCGCGGGAACGAACACGAACACGAACACAAACACAAACACAAGCGGGGGCCUGUACCGCAACCUCCUGAUGCCGGGCUUCACGGACGCGGGGGCCGGGACCUCCUACGUCUCGUCUUCCUCCUCCGCGUUGUCGCCGGCUGCCUCGAUUCCUCGUCGAACGACUGUGGGAACGUCGGGCCCGGGGCCUUCKGGGAUCCACAGCAAUAACAAUAACAAUAACAAAAGCAACAGCAACAGCAACAGCAACAGCAACAGCAACAACAAUAGCAACAACAGGGGGAAACGGCAGGUUGUUUCCCGGGAGGACACCUUCUCCGAGGCCGCCACCGAACUCCACGACAACCGCACCAAAAGCACGGGCCACACACAGAGGAGGUCCCUCGAUGCCACAAAGGCGAACGGGAACGCGAGCAACAACAACAGCAACAACAACAGCAACAGCAACAACAACAGCAACAGCAACAACAACAGCAACAACAACAGCAACAACAACAGCAACAACACGCGCCGGGAUCGGUACUACCGAUUGGUGGCCAGCGUGGUUCCGGACGCGAACGGAACGCACACCAGCGGCACUAGCAACACUAGCAACACUAGCAACAGCACUAGCAACACUAGCAACACCAGCAACGACCCAUCCCACGCGGCCGCGGUUGACGAGGGCAUCGAGGUCGAGGCGACCUACGGCUUCUUUCCGUCGACAAAGCCCCCGCCGUCUCCCUCCCCCCGCUUGAAAGCGGGCGGGGACGACCGCGAAACCCGCGGCCAGGGUCUUGGUCUUGGUCUUCCGCCGCCGAGCCCCCGCCCGGUCUCGCCGCCGAGCCUCACCCGGGCCCGCCUCGGCGCGGUUCAGAGGUCCUCGUCCACCGCCGCUUUGGUCGGGGAACGCGCCAGCGGGAGCGGCAGGGGCGGUGCCAUUGGCAGCGAGAGCGGGAAUGCCGAUGGCAACAGCAACAGCACCAACAAUGCCAACAAUGCCAACAGCGACAGCGACAGCACCGACAAUGCCAAUAGCAACAGCGACAGCACCAACAAUGCCAAUGCCAAUGCCAGUGCCAGUGCCAGUGCUACCGAUGCCGACCCCCGGAAGGACCGGGACGACGAAGCCAACGACGGCGGGCUACCACACGGCGUUCCACCCCAGCACCCGUUUCCGGACCGGCCCUUGCGGGGGGUUCUCAGGCGCGAGGUUUCCACCUUCUCGCUCGCCCCGGAAACCGGGGCCGUCGUCGAGAGGGAAGAGCACCAGGCCAGGCUGAAGGAAUGGAGGGGAAGGGAAAGGACCGCCGGUCGGGACACGAGCGAGACGGGGGGCAGCGGGGGCGAAUCGGUCGGAGACGACCMUACCAAUCGGCCAGCGGGAGAACCCUCCCGGCACGAGACCAACACAAACAGGCGGCUCGACAAAACCGCCCUGCAAGAAAUGGAUCGCUUGGAAGAAACACAAGAGACGGACGACGAACCCCGUUCCUUUCGCAACAUGCUCCUUCCCCGCGAGAACAACAACAAGAACAAGAACGGGUCCAGGGCAGGGAACGACCAAACGAUCCACGACGAAACCCACGGGACCAACGACGGAGGAGACGACGACUCGUCCACCUCCCCCUCCGUCGUCUCGUCGACCUGCUCCGAGUUCGGGACCGUCAUCGAAAUGGGCCGGGAGACGCUCGCCGCGAGAAUGGCGGAAGUCGAGGAAAUGGAACGGGCCGCCCUGGCCGAGGAUCCCGCGCACCGGGACGGCCCGGAAUUUACCCAAGAGGCACCGGACCCCCCCACCCCACGAGCGAACCACCACAACGGGACCCCCGACCCGCAGGGCCCGAUCUCGAAGUCCUUCCACAAGGACGGCGGCGGACCGAGCCGCGCCGAUCGCUCCACUCACGACGACACCGAUCCGGUCCACCAAUCCGAGACAAAGACCACCGCCGCGUCGGCAAACGUGGCCAUCAGCCCCACCAAGCGCAAUCCCACCACGUCCGAGAUCGUUUCGGCGACCUUUCGGAGGAUGGGAAACACACACUCCCACGCCCACGCCCGGAACGGCAGCAGGCGGGGCGGAACCCAGAGCAAGACCCGAAACCCCCUCUCGGCCCCGACCACGCCGAUGAGGACAAACCCAAACCCCCAAGCCCCCGGAAACAAAUCCCUGGACGAGGCGGCCGGGGGCAACGGGCCACGGAUCUCGCAGGGACCAUCGGUGGACACCAACCCCCCAUCGAACGAGUCUUCCGGACCCCCCUCCUCCUUCCUCCUGAGGUCUCCGGGGUCCUCGGCCAGGUUUUCCCUCGCCGCGUACCAGCAGUCCUCCGCCAAAAAGCGAGGCCAGCACCACGCGACCGGCUCCGAUGGCCCGGCCAGGGGCGUGCCCAGCCCGCGGUUUUCCUCCCUCCGCCGGGGAGCAAGGGGGAACACCGAGCCGGCUCCCCAGAGCCCGCGGGACGCGAUCGCAAGCACCCUCCAGUACGCCCAAAAAUGCCUGUCCUUCGACCCCACGAGGACCCUCGGCGACGUGCGCCGGGAUCCCGACCCCGAGGAACGCCGGCGGAAGAUCCGGGAAGACCUCGUCAUCCCCCCCCUGGGACAGCGGCAAGCAACGGCACAACUGGCACCCCGGGUGCUGCCCCUGGAGCCGUCCUCGUCCGGCUUUGCCGCAAGGUCGUCCGGAUCCUUCCUGCGGCAAACCCGGAGUUUUGAUGCCGCGGGCUCGAGGAAAUCCCCCUUUCGAUACCUGCCGUCUUCCACACCGCAGCGAACCCUUUCCGCGAAACAGUCCUCCGCCACCUCCGGGCACGAAGCAGCUGCUGCGGGAGCAGCAGCACCCAGGUUUGCGCCUCGAAACGUCUACCGCCGAGACCGUGUUCACUCCGACCUUUCCGCGAACAGGUUUUCCCGCAAAACGACGACCCUCCACUCCACAAUGGAACUCCAGCAGCCGCAGCGGAUCGAGAUCGAACGGGAGGACGCCCUCGACAUCCUGGCGUGCUUGGUGGAGCAGGGCAUUGCCGACUGGAAAACCCACUCCGCCGGCGAGGGUACCGAAAGAGCCGCAUCCAGCGAAACAGCUGUGGACGAUCCCACCGAGACGAAACCCCGGGCAAACGAUCCGGGUGCGGGCGAAAACAGUAUGACGCCUUCGACGCGGUCCGGUGCUUCCGAUUCCCGACCUACCGCAAACGGCGACGACCCCAUGGCGAACGAGAGGGAAGAGAAACCGGACGACCGUGUUUCGCAGGUUUCCACCGAGCCGUCGCUCGGGGUGGAACAGAGCGACGAAACGAGCAACAACCACUUCGAUCGCGAUUCCGUCCUGACAGACCUCAUCGAUAGCUUCAAAAAAUGGAGCAAAGAUGCGGACAGCGGGCCGGGCGCCGGCGAAGAGACCGGCAGGCAGCGGCAGAAUUCUCGCCAGAUAGAGCUAUUGGAAGAGUUGGUAAAAUCUCACGCAUAUGCAGUGGAGAUGAAACGAGCUUCCACUUCUGCAUCUACUUGGCUAAAGUCAAUAGGAAGGAGACAGAGCACUGUCAACAGUGGUGUCUUGAGCGGCACCAAACAAACACCCAGUGCCGAAUCUACUUGUGCGGGGCAAAACAAAGAAAACAAGGAAAACAACACGAACAAGAUCGACAAGAUGGAUAUAGUAACGUUGAAGGCAACACUCCACAGUGCGCAGCUAGAACUUACUAAAACCAAGCAAACAAACUCCAUCCUAAACGAAGAAUUAUCAAACUGUCGUGCUGAGAUUGGGAGAAUCAAGACGGUUUCAAGAAGCGAGGUAAGUUAGAUUGCGACGAAUUCAUCAGUAGAAGAGGAAAGGAUUGCCUUUGUCCAAGAAUGCUUACAAGGCUUUGUUGUGUGCAGUGUUUACAGCAAGUAGAUAAAUCAGUUCUUGACGAUUCGGAGGGGUCGUCGCACGUAUCUGUGAAAUGCGAAUCGGGGACGAAAGAAGAGGGUCGAUCAGACUUUGUUCCCAACAAUCGACCCGUAGCUGAGCGUUUCUUUCAUAGUGCAACAGAAAACGAAGCGAGAGACAAGAUAGAAGCCUCUGCUCAACGGGACAUCCUUGUUCUCAAAAAUGCCCUGGAGAAGGCCAACGAGACCAUUCGCAGACUACACAAUGAAUUACAUGAGAAUGAAGGGAUGGAAGAUACUGCAGAUCUCGAGCCAGUACCCAUUGUGGAUAUUCCAGACAUUCAACUCCGCAAAUCCGAUUCUUCGUCCGCACCUGGCACUCCAGAUUCUCUUCAACGUACGGUCAAUGUUCGUAUGUUGGAUGCAGAAAAUUUUGUCACGGACUGGUAUGAUUUGAAAACACUUCCACCCCCUCCAGAUCACGAUCUGCAUUCGCCAAUCGUGUCUGCCGUCUUGGAACAAUGGACACAGGACCGUUCCCUUCACGAGUCAUUAAUGCGUUGGAUUGAAAACGUAAUGAGAAGUGAUGAUCUAGAAGAUUUGCCACCGCUCACCAUAUCAAGUCUUGACCAUCAGGUGCGAGAUGGUUUUUCCAUGCACGUCUUGCCUCACCUUCUCAGAAGGGCCGACAUCCAUGUCGCUGUACAAACGCGCGCACACAGACAAACAUCAUACGACAUGUGUGUUACGGUGAGUCAAAAAAAGGACUUUGCGGCCUCUUCGUUCCCGGUGGGGUUUCAGUCGCAAUACCAAGUAUCUCUUCUAGAUGCGGGGGAUUCCUUGAGCGAAGACGAGUGGAUAAAUCGAUUCGAGCCGAGAAUAAGUUCUGCGGAAAGUGUAGCUCACAGUGCCGUGACCGAAGCCAUUUCAAAUAUCCCUCCUUCUACACGGACCCAACCAGUGGACAUAAAAGAUCCGUUCGAACCUCCCAAAACUCCAACGUACACCGAGUACAGUAGUUUUCCCUCCCGGAUGCGGUCUUAUUCUGGCAGUGCGGAUACGUUCGACGAAAGCUCCCUGCAGUACAAACAACGCCAUAAUGCACAACAGGGUGGGGCAACAAAUGGCACCAUAAUGGGCGCACUGGGCGGUGCUCUUAGUGGUCUCUUGUCCCGUAACAAGUACGCUGCUAGUCCAGGCCGACUAUACCAGGCACACAAUCAAUACUACGCGCCAGGAUCUGCACCCGACGGUACACUGCCUGAAAAUCUCAGAGUACAAAUGGAUCUAACUUCAAGUCCAACUGUCGGCACGACACGAUAUCAAUAUGCGGGGGAGCCAGCCAUGAAUGUAUUAGGUGCUGCAGGCGACCACCAUCACCAAGACGAGGCGGAACCCUACCAUCGCGUUGUUUCCGCUCCCCCUGGUCGCAUCGGGGUAACAUUUGUUGAGUUCCGUGGGCAUGCAAUGGUUAGUGAUGUUGCUACGGACAGUCCGCUUGCUGGUUGGGUCUUUCCCUCAGAUAUUUUGAUUGCCGUCGACGACAUGCCCGUCAGUGGAAUGCGCGUCCGGGACAUUGUUAACAUUCUUUCGACUCGCAAAGACCGACAAAGAGCCAUGCGCGUAAUUAGCAGUCACGCCAUGACCGAGUUUACGAUGAUGAGUCAAGUGGGUGGUCCACUCAACGAGGAAACCGGUGAAGGAGACUGAACGAUCCCAUCGUGGCAUUACUCAUGGAUGGCAAAACCCAUCGAAGAAGUCAGGACACAGAAACCCACAACUUUCUCAUCGAAUAGAAUAGAACGGAAAGGAACGGAUUCCAACUGUAGACAAAGAACUUCGAAUAUCAAGCCAGAGAGAGCAAGUUCCCGUUUUCCCAUGUAAAAAGUGGAUUGGGGUCAAAUUAGUUAAUCAGCACGUCGAACUGUAUAAUGUAUAAUCACACAAGA